AUGCGCAGCGCCAACGACCUGAGCUCUCACGACCAGUGGAUUGCCGACAUCAACGAAACCUCCAACACCACCGUGCAGUUCCCCAUCAUCGCCGAUGCCGACCGCCACGUCGCUUUCCUCUACGAUAUGAUCUCGCAAGACGACCUCGAUGCGCUCCAGAAGAACGGCGGCAUUGCCUUCACGAUCCGUUCGGUUUUCAUCAUCGACCCAGCGAAGAAGAUCCGCCUUACCAUGUCAUACCCCGCGAGCACCGGCAGGAACACCGCCGAGGUUCUGAGAGUCAUCGACAGCUUGCAGACAGGAGACAAGAAGGGCAUUGCUACACCUAUUGACUGGCAGAAGGGCCAAGACGUCAUCGUACCACCCAGCGUUAGCACUGAGGAUGCCAGGAAGAAGUUUGGUGAUGUCAGGGAGGUCAAGAAAUACCUGCGCUUCACCAACGUCGGGCAAUAG